AGAGCCGAGUCCCGAGGCUCGAGCAUCGUGUCCCGCCGCGCAAGUGCAUAUAGACAUAGAAGUGCAAGCACGCACCGUCCCUUGCAAGUCGGCCGCCCCAUAGAGCCGCCCAUGCUGUUGCUCGGCGAUCAUCUGUGCGUCGUCGAGGAGCGCCCCAGGUGAGCUUCCGAGACCGCUGCGGCUCAUCUCUCAACGCUGCAUCUCUCCUCCGCCUCUCCGGUCUUCUCUUCUGAUCUUCGCGCCUGUACAUAGCCUAUAUAGCCUAUAGCCAGAGCAUCAGGAUGACGCUCGAGGACCCGUUCGUCGUCGUCAAGGAGGAGGUGUUCAAGGCGCUGAACAAAACGCGUGGCUUGUACGCGCGUUGGCAGGACCUCCAGGCUCAGCAGGCGACGAGCGGUCCGAACAGCGUCGUCGCGACGCCCACCUUAGCUGCUGGGCUGCCCAUGCUCACCUGUCGCGAGGAACUCGAAUGGACCAGUACCGAACUCAGGAACGCGCUCAGGUCGAUCGAGUGGGACCUCGAAGACCUCGAGGACACGAUCUGUAUCGUAGAAAAAAAUCCAAACAAAUUCAAAUUGGACAACAAAGAGUUGACCCUACGGAGGAAUUUCGUGGAACAGACGGGGGAAGAAGUGAAGGUCAUGAAAGACAAACUCAACAUAAGCAAAGUGAGAGAUCGAGAUAGAACUGCUAGACAGCCAACGCUGGAUAACAGUCCAGUGAAAGCACCAACUGUCAGCCAUGGGACAGCCAAGUACAGUAAACUGGAAAAUGAAAUGGACAGUCCCAAUCGACAGUUCCUUCCUAAACCCAUUUGUAAUCAGAACUCCAUGAGGAGACAUCAAGAGGACAUCAUGAGUGACAAUACUGGCACGCUGAAGACAGUAUCGAGACAAAUUAAUUCUGAAUAUGACGAACAUCAAGUAAUGCUUGACGAUUUCAACAAUGAAAUGGAAGUUAUUACUGACUCAAAGUUGGACGCGACCAUGAAGAAAAUGGCAAAGGUCCUCCAUAUGAGCAACGGUAACUAUAACAAUUAUAUUCCUGCUCCCACAACUUCAACGUCCAGUACCUCUGACUAUACUCCCAAGCCUUCUUCCCUGUGCUCCUUGUCGACUACUAUAACUAACUGUUUUCUAUGCUCCAGAGAUUAGUGUUUCUAACUAUGCAAUGGGCCUUAAUAACUCGAUAAUUUUACUCCAAAUACUUUUAUUUUCUAACAAUAUUAAUAGUACAAAUGAGAACCCUCGUCAAAAUAAUUUUCCAAAUCUUUAUAAGAUUUUUUAGAUUCACCCAUUAGGCACAAAACUAUCUAGGUGAUAUGAAAUGAAAUGCUGCGAUAGUUUGAAAGUUACUUGUACUUAACGAAAAAAAUGAACAAAAAAUAAUGCAUUUCUUAUACAAAUAUUAUUCUUUGGCCAUUUUCUAAACUUAAAAUACAACAAUACAAUAAAAAGCUUUAUAUUUUUAAAGAAAACUUUGUGGAAAUUCAACUCACAGUCUCUAUAAUAUCUUUUAUAUUCAAUGAACUUUGAUGAACUUGAAAUUUCCUAUACAAAUUAUAUAAGAAUCGCGCAUUUUAAAAUAAGCACUAAAAAGUACGUCUCCUUGUUUAUUUUCUUACGAAUAUUAUUAUACUUUUCUUUGCGCCUAUUGGGACCUUACGUUGAGAAAAAACGAUUAAUAUCGAUUAAAAUUCCUUGAAAUUGCAAGUCAAUACCCGUUAAAAAAGUCAAUAGCGAGACUCAAAAAAUUCAGAGCGACGAAGAACAGGCAGGGUAGUUUAGCUGACUCAAAAACUUGCACUUGCGUAGUGAAAAUAAGAAAAAUUGUUUUUGCGCCCGGCUUACCGAAUGCAAAGGUUUCUAAGGGCAGUAGUAUUAGACAAUUGGAGCAACUGUAUGCUUCUUCAGACAAGUCCGUUAGAAUAAGUUAUUUGCGAACAAAGGGCAUGAUUAUCAACAAUCAAUCAGCACUUGGAAAUUUCCGUACGAGACUUUGAUAUUUCAUUGAAAAAUAUUUAGUAAAAGUGAAAAGCCGAUAAGAAAUCUUCUGUCUGAAUGAUUGUUCUUCAAGCAUCCCUUGCAACUAGAAAAAAGUAGUACAGCUUUGUGAGAACUAUUGCCUCAGUGAUCAAAUAUAAUAAAAUGGUGUAAUAAUACUUUUUUGCGACAACAGGUACGUAACAAACGGGCUGCAGAUAAAAACAUGGCUUUUUCGUGGCCGUCGAUUUUUUCGUGGUGAAACAAUUACUGUUAAAAGUAUAUUGCCUAAUUAUAGCCAAAUAACAAAAGUACGAAAAACAUUAGCAUAGCAGCAUAUGUAUUUAAUAGUAUAUUGUGUCAUGCCAAAUAUUGUCCAAUGUAUGCCAAAAUAGAAAGAAGUCCAAAGGUUGAUAAAAAUAACGAAAGGUUCGCACAAACGACUGUUGUGCAGCUGGACGAAUCAUUUGCAUUUCAAAUCAAAGGUUAAUACUCAAUAUUUAUUAUAUUAUUAUUAUGAUUAUACAGUAAAACAAAAAGUAUUAAGCGAGAUGAAAAAUCGUCACUAUAUACACAGAAAAGCCAAAGCAAAGCAAAGUUUUCGCAAUAUUUUGCAGACGGGUUUUUUCCUUAUUUUAGCGCGGGUGAUUGCAAAAUUGAUUGUUAUCGAAACGAGGGUACAGGACAUUUUUUACGUGCGUGAAGACCAUUGGGAUACGUGAUGUUUGCGUAUGACAUUUGAUAAUCGCAAGAGAUGUUGUUGUUCCAGAAACCUAUGAUACUUAAAUGUAAACAUGGUUGUUGAAGAAAUUAAGCUAAGAUAUAUUAUGUAUAUUAAUGACAAACAAAACUUAGGAUAUAACAAUUUGAAUGUUGACCGAAAUGUAGUAAAAGGGAUUAGAGAAGCCAUUAUUUUGUGAUUGUUGUUGAAAUGUGAACAGUUAUUAUUUAACGAUUAUGGAACGAUAAACGCAUAAAGAUUUUUCAAAAUUUCGUCGUUUGUAUACUUAAAUUAUACAUAUAAUUAUACUUUUCGUUUGCAUUUUGACCCUUGCCAAGUACGAAAUGUGACUAACGGACCUCAAAAUUAUGAACUAAACGUUUUUUUAAUAUAUAAAUGAAGAAAUUUUUUACGAUGUAACAAAAUCCGUCGAAAAUUCAAUAAUGAAUUUCAAACGCUGAACAAACAUUCAGAUAAUUUUUAACGUUUUACAAGAGAGACAAUAAAUUUUUUUAACCGACUUUAAUUUUAAUGCGUUGCGUUGAACAAUUUUAAGGUCCUUUGGUUAUUUUACAUGCGAGAGCUAUUUGAAAUUCUAAACUAAUCAUAGUUAAGUAUAGUGAAAUAACUUAAACAUUAUUUAUACAUAUCCAAACUACUUAAUUUUAAAACUAUAGCUUUAGAAUGAUUAUGUAUAGGAAAUCGGUAAGCGAUAAUUAGUUACUUAAAAGCUUAGAUUGUAUCAAAAAGUAAAUUCCGAACAAAAGAAAACACAAAAACUGUGCAGCUUUGAUUUAAAUAAAAACAAAUCAUUUCCAAAAUAUUUUAAAUAUAAUAAAGGUUCUAAGUAAGAACAAAUAACGAUUGUUAAUCCUUCACAACAUUAAAUCCGUUGAUUUCAGCUAUUCCCAAACCAGAUCCUGAAUAAUUAUUUUAUUUUCGUUUGUACAAACUACUCAAUAUUUUACUUGUGUGAAAUCACCAAAUCUGUUUCUUCUCCACCAAAAAACCAACAUUGUAUUUCCUUUUGAUGCAAAAAUAACUACACAACGUGACCAACGACUAUGUGUUUUAUCAAAGUUAAUUUAUGAACGUAGAACACUUAAAAAAACUUGUACUAGAUGUGUAAAACUACUGGAAGAAAGGGCCAAAAUAAGUUAACAUAAACAUCGGAUAUAUGUUUCUUCCCUGUAUUCUUGUAACACACUAACCAAUUCAAACACGAGCAUAGAAUGAAAUUUAGCGUAAAAAUGUGUAGUGAUUUUGUAUCUCAGUGAUGUACGUUGUUUGGUAACCGAUCACUAAUAAUAUACACUACCAACAGUGAUGUUAUGAAAAAAAAAAUCAACAAUGCACACUUUGUUAACUCGAUAUUUAUAGAUCAUACUCUGUAUCGAUGAAUAAAAAUUAUAUGGGAAUAGUUUUACAAGGUGA